UCGGCUAUAAAAGGCGCGGGAGCCUUGCUCCCGCGGCGCUGUCAAGGAGCUCGAGGCUGAGGGUGCUCGGGGCGGGGAGACCCGGCCGCCGCCGGGCCGCGGGCGCCUCAGCAAUGUUUUACUCAGGACUCCUCACCGAGGGCGGCCGCAAGGAGACCGACAUGCGGGAAGCGGCAUCCCUGCGGCAGCAGCGCCGGAUGAAGCAGGCGGUGCAAUUCAUCCACAAGGACUCCGCCGACUUGCUACCCCUGGACGGCCUCAAAAAGCUGGGCUCGUCCAAGGACACGCAACCUCAUAACAUUCUGCAGAGGCGACUCAUGGAAACCAACCUGUCCAAGCUCCGGAGCAGUCGAGUCCCUUGGGCCUCUAAGACCAACAAAUUCAAUCAGGCAAAGUCUGAAGGGCUAAAGAAGUGUGAAGAUGAUGACAUGAUUUUAGUGUCUUGCCAGUGUGCCGGAAAGGAUGUGAAAGCCUUGGUUGACACUGGCUGUCAGUAUAAUCUCAUCUCUUCGGCCUGUGUGGACAGAUUGGGACUAAAGGACCAUGUCAAAUCUCACAAGCAUGAAGGAGAAAAGCUUUCUCUGCCACGGCAUCUCAAAGUAGUAGGCCAGAUUGAGCACCUACUGAUUACAGUGGGCUCUCUCUGUCUGGAUUGCCCAGCAGCUGUGAUUGAUGAUAAUGAAAAAGGCUUGUCACUUGGCCUUCAGACUCUCAGAUCCCUGAAGUGUAUCAUAAAUUUGGACAAGCACCGGCUGAUCAUUGGGAAGACAGACAAAGAAGAAAUCCCUUUUGUGGAGACAGUGUCUUUGAAUGAAGCCAACACUUCAGAAGCAUAAUUGCAGCCUGGGGAGUGUCUGCACGUGCACACACCAGGUUGACAGACUGAGAAAACUGGGUUUGAACUAAAUGCAGUGGCAACUUGCUAUGGACUGAGUCCUUCCUUCCCUCCAGUACAUCCUGCAGGGGCUUCUUCCCACUCAGACCAUUCUAGACUAUAGUCUGUGCUUAGAGAUCUUGUCCAGUUAAUGGCUUAAGGGUUAAACAGCCAUUGUUUUUUACUCUUUGAAUAUUUAAUUUACAGACCCUUUGGACACUGCCAGGUCUCAUUUGUGGCCUAUUUCUCUGCUUAUUCCAAGAAUUUGCUUUUAUUAGUCCAGCGUAGGGCUGCCAUGUUCUAUUUCCCCACAGAUAACACUUGCCUUUUUAAUAGUAAAAUAUAUAGUAAAUAGGAUUCUUUUUAGCUGUUUCAAAGAGUUAUAUAAACAUGUCUUGAAGUUAGACUCUCUUCUAAUGAAGUAAUUGAUUUUUCCAAUGUGAACUGAUCUGAGAGAUGGCUCAGAGAGAUCAUCUAGUCCAGACAUUUCACUUAAACACACAGACAGUCAAGUGAAUUGUCUAAACUUACAUAUUAAGUCAGUAGCAGAAGCCAGCCAGAAUCCGGCCUGACAUCCAAGCCAAGGCUCUUGUGCUGCUUCUUUUUUCUCAAGCCUUUAGAGGAAGGCAGCAAGGUUAGAGUGCAAAAAAGGGAAGGUACUGGAUGUGGGUUCGUGGUGGAGUGCUUGCCUAAUGUGCACAAGGUCCUGGGUUCAAUCGCCAGCA